AUGCGGAAUCUUUCCUUUUUCAUUCUUGGUUUAACUUGGAUCUUUGUGGCUGCGAAUCCGAUUCGACCAACGAAAUUAGGGAAUGACGAUACGUUGCUGUUUGUGAAUGCGGCGUGGAGACACGGGAAUCGAGCACCCGAUGUCCUCUCGAAUGGCUCACUCAUCUCGUAUUUCAAAUAUGGAACUGGUCAAUUAACAGAGGAGGGAAUCGAGAACAGCUAUCAGCUUGGACGACAAUUGGCCAUACGAUACAUUAACACCGGUUUCCUGAAUCGAACACUCAAUGUUAAACAAGUGAAGCUGAGAUCGGUGGCUUUCGAGAGAUGUCUAUCGACUGCCGUAGCUGUCGGACAAGGAAUGUUCAGCGACAUAAAGCGCUCGAUUCCCCUUCCGAUUCCCGUUUUCACCGAGGAAUUCUCACGAGAUUCGAUGAUGGCUCCGAGUUGGUACACUUGUGCGCGCAAUGUCGAAAUCCAAAAGGCUCACUGCGCUAAUUAUACUCUUUACAAAAAGUACAACGAAUUCAUCGCUGAAGCGUUUUUCUGUCUCGGUUGGGACAAGAAAUCGAAAUUUUUCCACACAAGAGACGACGCGAAAAUGGUUGAAGGAAUAGUGAACGAGUACUUGGCUCAAGUGGAGAGUCGACCGCCUGAAGUGGUCGAGGAGGCGAGGAGAAUAUAUCAAGAUAUUCAAUCCUAUCAAACUGGCUUCUACCCACAUAGUGAAGUCGAGCUGGCCAAAUUGCAUGGAGGACAGUUGCUGGGAGCAAUGCUUGGAGAUUUCAACUUCCACAAAGAUUGCAAUGAGACGAGUACAAUGUUAUGUCAGAAGAAAUUUGCUGGCUACUCAACGCAAGAUUUCAUUCUGGCAGCAAUGCUCGAGUUGGUCGAUUUGAAAGAGAAAAUCCUCGGUAUUCAAUCUCCAUUUUUCUCUUCAGCAAUCAUUAUCGAGAUGUGGAAAAGGCCAUGCGGGGAUCGAUAUAUUAAAUUUUACUAUCGUCAUGGUCCGGGCGAACGCUCGAAAAUGGUGGACUACACAAAAGAUGUUCGCGGGUGUAAAGGACAAGUCGAGUGUGACUUUGAUGAUUUCACGAUUUUUAGACGACGAAUUCGAUUCCGAAUACAAAUUCAUCGAAAUGUCUGCCAUUUGGCAAUGAUGAAAAUGACGCCUUUCCGAGCAUUUCUCGUACUCUUCUUUGUCUAUUUCCCCGGUAUUGUCGCGAGUUUCCAAUUGAUUCACGUGUUUAGUAUUUGGAGACACGGUGAUCGGGCACCGGUGCGCCUUUUCUCAUCGCCUGAAGCUGCUGCACAUUCUCUAUUCAAGAAUGGACUCGGAAAUCUCACUGAUCAAGGGAUCCGCCAUGCGCAUAAAAUGGGUGAAUUUUGGCGAAAGCGCUACGUGGAGAACGGUUUCAUCUCAUCACCCGAACAAAUCCACGUCCGAUCGACGAGUCAUGUGCGAACGCAGCGCACAGCCAAAGAGGCGUUCAGCGCCCUCUUUCCCAAUGAAAAUUUUGAGCUCGAAGUUUACCCAAUUGAUUGGGUUUGUGUUAAGAAAGCUUUAUUUAUA